UUGCAGGAGUUGCCAAUGCACCAACGAGGAGAUGCAGUGAGUUCCAUGGUAUAUGAGGCAAACGCAAGGGUACGUGAUCCAGUGUACGGAUGUGUAGGGGCAAUAUCAUCGUUGCAGCAACAAAUUGACCUUCUUCAGACCCAGUUGGCUCUUGCACAAGCUGAGGUGGUGCAUAUGCGAAUGCGCCACUUCUCUUUAUCAAUGUCUAGUGCAUCCACCGAUUCACCAGACAAUAAUAAUUCACCACCACCACCACCGUCGUCCAAGCUCAUGUCAUCUUCUCAUCAGACCAAGUCCCUUUUUAACAUGGACGCCAUGGUGGUUGAUCAUCCCAAUAUGGGGGAGUCCUUGUGGUCAUGCUAGCUUUAAUUGCAUGAGAAAGUUUAAACGAGUUUCGAAAUUUCACAAAAUAGAAUAUAGAUGUGAGACAAAAUGACGAGAUGUUUGUCUCACAUCUGUGUUCCGUUAAAUGAAAUUUUAGCAUGGAUGUUUGCUCUUUUACGAUUAUUAUCAUAGGCUAGCUUUCUUUAUUGUCUGCCUAUUUUCUGGCUUCUUUUACUUAAUUACACAUCUUUAUAGCAGCAACACAUCUCUCUACUUGACCCAGAGAUGAUGAUGAUGAUGAUGAUUAUUAUUAUUAUAAUCAUUAACCAUAUUGUAAAUGUCUUCAGCAUAUAAUUAUGAGUUAUUAUAUAUAUAUAUAUAUAUAUAUAUAAU